AAGUUCUACUCUCUUGAGUUCUUUCCCCCAAACACCUUGGAAGGAGCCCGCAGUCUCAUAGCCCGAGUGGACAGGUUGGCAAAGCUGCAGCCUCUGUUUGUAGAUGUCACCUGGAACAUGGAGUCAGGGAAGCGGGCGAUCGAGACCUUGGUGGCUGCGAAAGCAGUUUGCUCGCUGGAUGUCCAGAUGCACAUGUCCUGCACGGGGAUAACGAAGAAGAUGGCAGACGACCUGCUGGUGGAGGCGAUGGACGCGGAUAUCAGAAGCAUCCUGGUGCUCAGAGGGGAUCCAGCACCUGGAAAAUCAGACUGGGAGCCUGUGGCGGACGGUUUCAAGAAUGCAUCCGAGCUAGUGUCGUACAUCCGGCACAAGUACGGUGAUUUCUUCUCGCUCUCAGUCGCUGGCCACCCGGGUAAGCACCCGGCGAGCUCUUCCAAGGAGGAGGAUCUCGAGCAUCUGAAGCAGAAAGUCGGCUGUGGAGCGGAUUUCAUCAUCACUCAGAUGACAUUCAAGGCGUCGGAGUACCAGGAGUUCGUGGGCUCCUGCCGAAGGGUUGGGAUCGACUGCCCCAUCAUUCCCGGAGUGUUGAUGAUUCCUCCCUCCCUUGAGAAGCUCCGAGCCGUCUGCAACCAUUGCUCCGUUGAAGUCCCCGAAGACCUUGUCGAGCUGCUCGAGGUGAGCAAGUCCGAUGGUGCAGAGCUUUCCCAUUGCAGCUCCUGCUGCUGUCCUCCCCUUGCCCGCGUGUCCUCACGUGCGAUCUCAGGCGCUCCUGGUCUGUACAUGUACACCCUGAAUCUCGAGAAGUCAGCUCAGGAGAUUGUGCGUGCAGCUGGCAGGCAACGAGACUCGCGGACUGAUCCGAUGCUCCCAGGUCACAAACCUCAACCUCAAGGUCCUCGACGCCGGCAUGUUCGACCCAUCUUCUGGGCCUCCAACGCCAUCAGCUAUCUCACUCGCACUCGCAACUGGUCUGCUGACUUCCCGAGCCACCACUCCAUCGUUGGUCGUCGACUGGGCUCCAUGGCCGAAAGGAGGAACAUGUGCGCUGGCCUGACUUCCUUGUCCCGCUCUCAGCUGACCCGGAGAAGGUGGGGGGAAAGCCCGUCCACAGAGGAGGAUGUGUUCGACGUGUUCGAGAGAUUUGUGCGGGGAUUCGUGCCGAGACUGCCAUGGUGUGAUCGACUCGAGAAGGAAACGCUGGCGUCGGGGAUUCUGAAACCGCUCGCCACACUCAAUCACUACGGUUACUUGACCAUCAACAGUCAGCCGCGGGUCAAUGGAGCUCCUUCGGAGGACGAACAGUUCGGCUGGGGUCCGAGGGGAGGGCACGUCUAUCAGAAGGCUUACCUAGAGUUCUUCUGCUCUCCUGGCAACCUCGAUAGGCUGCUGGAGGCGCUGGGAUCUCAUCCUAGCAUCUCCCUGGAGGCGUUCAAUAUGCGUGUGGACCGACUCAAUGACGAUCGGCAUAUCUCGGCGGUCACUUGGGGAGUGUUUGAUGGUAGCGAGGUCACGGUCCCUUCUCCUCUGCCCACCCUACACCUGAUCUUCAGCUUCUACAGCGAGGAAGCGAUGGACAUGUGGAAGAGUGUGUGGGCCUCCAUCUACCCCGAGCGAUCAGAAUCCCGAAGCCUGAUCAAGAAGAUCCACGCUAGCUACUGGCAUGUCUACAUGGUCGACAAUGAUUUCGUGAAGGGAGAUAUCUUCAAAGUGUUCUCAGAGGUA